CGCUCGGUUGUAGGCGAUGCCGGCGCGCCGUACAUGAACGGAUCGCGCUCGCGCGCGCGCGCGCGCUCUCUCUCUGAGCGCACGAUGAGCGCGAGCUCCCCGAGAUCAGCCGCGAGUUCGCCGUUCGCUGUUCGCCCCACGUCCAUCGGAUGAUUCGGAUUCGCGAUACGACGACGAGUCGAUUUCCGUUUAACUCUCGCCAAACGCGGAUGUACUUGAGUGAUUACGAGGUAGCCGCGAAUGCGUUUGGAUCGUGCGAUGCCGCCUCGUGGCGGCAAGUCCGCGCGUAUCAGCAAAGUAGCCACCAAGGGGCGCCAAACGCGCGAUCAGCAGCACGUCUCCCUGGGUCUUGUGGAAACCGAGGGAACGACUAUGGCGAUGGCGAUGGCGAUGGCGACUGCGACGACGGAGACGGAGACAGAGACGAUCACAGCGACGGCGACAAUGACGACGACGACAACGACGACGACGACGUUGAUGACAACGACAACGUUGACGACGGUGACGUCAAGCGGAACGGCAGUCGCAACAGCAAGAAUGGACAAGUCCGUGGUAACAACGGCCGCGGCGUGCAACGAGGGUCGAUCGCAGUGGAUUGGGCGCAUGCGCCAGUCCCUGGAGAGCAGCUCCGAGCCAGCCCGUGAAAACGGUACCCCGGUGCAUCGUUAUCCGGAAAGGCAGCGACGACGCGAGAGACACAUCGCGGGGAAGAAGCCUCGACCGGCGAGAAACACCGACAAGACCACCGCCGGCACCUCAUGCUCCUCGACAUCGUUGUCGUCGCCGCCGGCGCUCUCCUCGCCGUCUUCUUGCGCGUCCUCGCGUCGCUCGAGCUCUCCGCCGUCGAGCACCUCGUCACCAGCACGGUCCUUGACAUCCUCCACCUCGUCGGUCACGAGCGAUCCGUUAGCGAUCAAGCCAGCGGUCAGAAGCAGGCGAAGAAGCACUCCCGAUCGGAGCGACGACGGGAUUGGGAAGCGGAGGCAGAACGCUGCGGGAACAAGACGGAACGACGGCGGGACGACUCAUGGAGCGACGGAGACGACGACGUCGGUGUCGAUUUCCUCCUCCUCUUCGAUCACCGUGUCUUCCUCGUCGCCAUUCCCCUCCCCAGUAUCCACGUCCUCCACAUCUUGCCGGACGGCGACAACGCCGCGCGGUCAUGGUGGGGAUCACGGCGUCGCGCACAUAUCGUCCUCUUCGUCCGCCCUCGAAAGGCUGAGAAGUGCUCUGGAAAACUACGACCGCAGUCGAAUCUACCUCGCCCAUGUUUGCUACCUCGAUUGGCGGGAUCUGCCGGGGUCACCACCGGACACGAUUGUUGGUGGCGGGCCGUCACUGGCGACCACGUUGUCUACGCAGGGUCAACAUGCUGAGCCAACCGGUGGUGUACGCCGGUGGGGCAGGGGUUCUUUAACCGCCGAUCUCUUUCUAUGGUGGUUUCAUCGCGAAUUCGCUGUCACGGCAAUGGCGAUGCAUCCGGACGGCGCCGUGCUGGUAGCCGAGAGUGCCGAUUACCUGCCACCGGAAGGUGACUGCGUCGCCGCGGACGGUCUUGUACGGUUAUUCGUUGUACCCAAGGAUUGCAUGGAAACGCGAUUGGUGGUUCGAGAAUUGAGAGUGCGCCUGGCUACCGGUAUAUUAUCGAGAGCCCGCUGUGGCGUUUACCGCGAUAAAUUCCCUUCGAUCUUGGGCUUGCCCGAUGAAGAGGGCGAUCACCGAUUGGACGCCUAUCUAAAAAGAUUCACGCUAAAGGAAGCGUUCGCGGACCUUCAUCGCGCCUGGCUCAGUGUUCGAUCGGAGACUUUCGCUCGAAGCUGGACGUUGCCACGCGAUCGCGAGGAUCAUCCGCUCGCGGGAUGCAACGGCGCCAUGUUACCGCCCAGAAUCCACGCGGUCGAUCAGGAAGAGGAUAGAAUGUUGCUCAUCGAGCUACAGAGCCUCGCCAGGGAGGUCGGACUCGAGAUCACCGAUGACGAACUCGGUAGUUGGAUCCUUGACGAGGAGAGCGCGUUAACGCGUUUCGUUAGGAAGAGAGAACCGGAUGAGGAGCACUGCCGGGUGAAGAUCGAGAUAGAGACAGAUAAAUGGUUGGAUCGCAAUGACGACGAGGAUGAAGACGGGAAGAACGACGGUGUCGAAGAGGAUGACGGCGAGGACGAGCCUACCGCCGGGGAAGCUGUCGGACUCCUCUCGAGAGUACUAACCUGGAUGGAAAGAGAACCUCUCGAUCCAGGACUUCUACUGGCGGUCAGAUCGAUGCGCGAUACCGCCGCACUUAUGGCAAGCAAGAUGGGCCUGGCAGGGACGCAUCCAGGUGGAUUGCCCUUCUUCUGCCCGAACGGGGAACACUUGACGCAACCACCUCCCGCCCAUAUGGGUAUACCCCCCUAUGGCGCAUUGGACGCGGGUAAAGCGGCCGCCGCGGCUGGUCUCACGAGAGCACCAAUGUACCCCUUUUCGACGGGCCAGUACGCAUACCCCAUGCUUAGUCCGGAAAUGACGCAAGUCGCUUCCUGGCACACACCGAGCAUGUACCCCAUCUCGCCAGCAAACGCCGGCUUCCGAAGUCCAUAUCCCACAAGUUUACCCAUCACGAGUUCUAGUUUACCAAGUGAUCUCUACCGGUUUUCACCAACAGGCCUUAUGCCUCCGCAUCCUGGCCUGAGUCCGCACGCACACGCUCUAGCGUCGCACGCGUUGGUAUCCUCGGCGCCGAAGGCGGAUCACUCCACCCUAGAUCACAAUCACAGCGCGGGUAAUCGCGUGGCGUUUAGGAUCGUUCCAUGGAUCGAUUUGGAUCACUCGGGCGGUGGGCCCGCGAGUAAGCACGAGGCAGUAGUCCCAUAUGUGGCGAUGGAGCCAGCCGAGUGCCUGGAGCCGCUGAACUUGGUGAUGAAAAAGGACGACACUGACGACAGCGGGCCGACCAGGACUGUGAUCGGAGUGAAAAUUGCGGAGGCGUCGAUCGACGAGGAGGAGAAGGACGCGCUCGCCGUCGUAGCCGAGGAGAACGCGAUCGAGGAUAAUAUGGCGAUAUUCCAGGACGCUGUCAAGUCCGCCGAGUCCGGUGGCUUACCAACCGCGGAUCACAAACUCUUGACCGCGCUCUACAUGAGCAGUCUCGUGCAGAUGUCGAGCUUGAGCGCGCCGGCAUCGCGCGGCAUCGCGCCGCCGCCAUACGCCAGCCAGCAGCAGCAGCAAAACUUUAUGCAGCUACUGGCGAUGGUGGAAGCGCGACAUCGCAUGUGGCAGCAGAUGAAUUGGCCCCUGCCGCAAAGCUUUCUGAGGAGCCCGUUGACUCUACCACCGACCGCGCCAUCCUACUUUGACGGCGCGACCACGACGCCGACGCCGACGCCGCCAAGCCUGACUGAUCAGCUAUCCCAGAACUCCGCGCCGACCUACCCUCUGUCCUGCGCGAAAUCCGAACCCCUGAAUUCCGAGGUUAAACAGUCCUACUUCAAUAAACGGUCAACGAUAGAGCAGAAAAACUCCACGUCGUUACCUACGGACAAUUCGAAAGCUCAGGACACGGGACAACAAAAUAAUCAAGAUAAAAAGAAACCCCAUAUAAAAAAGCCUUUGAACGCGUUUAUGCUGUAUAUGAAGGAGAUGAGGGCGAAGGUUGUGGCAGAGUGUACCUUAAAAGAGAGUGCCGCGAUCAACCAAAUAUUGGGAAGACGAUGGCACUCGCUAAGCCGGGAGGAGCAGGCGCGGUAUUAUGAGGCGGCCAGGCAGGAGCGCCAUCUGCACCAACAACGAUAUCCCGGCUGGAGUGCCAGGGAUAACUACGGAUAUGGCAGCAAGAAGAAGAAGAGGAAGAAAGAGCGAUCCGCAGAUCCCACCGGAGGUAAUAACAUGAAGAAAUGCCGUGCCAGGUAUGGAUUAGAUCAGCAAAGCCAAUGGUGCAAACCCUGCAGACGUAAGAAGAAAUGUAUCAGAUACAUGGGGGAGGGAGGAGACGGCGACGGUGAAGCUGACGGUGAAGUCGAGGAUGAUCAUUCGGAGGACAACCUGGGUAGCGUAGGAGAGGCGGGGACUCCUGAGGAGGACGAAUCCCUGAGUAGUCCCGGAGGCCUAUCCGCGUUGUCUAGCCUGGCGAGCCCUUCGUUGGUCUUACCAUCGCCCUCGAGUCUGGCCAGUCCAUGCCCGUGCCCGUUGACGCCUCCGGUGCCGCCCCCGCCUAUGUCGAACACGAACCAGUCGGCGACGGUGGCAGCGACGACGACGACGACGACGACGGUGGCGGCGGCAGCGGCGGCGGCAGCGGCGGCGAUGGCGAUGGCGGGAUCGGCAGCGCAACAACAGCAACCGCAACCACCUCCGCAGCCUCACCGCAACCCCGUCGGCACGAAUCCUCACGACAUUAACAAUCCGCUCAGCGUGAACCAGCUGACCGGACAGUGUAUAAAGAGCGAGCCCGCACCUUCGGGUCCCUCCAACCCGGCGAUCAGUGUUACGUAGCCCCGGCCGGACCCACGUGACCGAACUGUUGCUACAUGCGGUGUCAUCUAUAGGGUCCGUCUACGUAUGCACGCGAUGAGAAGGCUGGAUGACGAGGAACCGACUGACAUGAUGACAGAAACAAAGAGAGAGACUUGGCAAAUGAGAGAUCAAACAAGUAUCUCGCCUUCGUCUAACGUUUCUCUCGCAGUUCCAAUUUGAUUCAGGGGGGAUCGGGUAGAGGUUCAAGGAGAGUAUAAUAUUUUCGAAAUGCCUGAAGAUAAUUCGAGUGGUCACUUACGAGUAAUUGAUCACGGCUUCGUUCAAGUUAGACGCAAUCUACAAUCUGAGCGGUACUGUUGACGAUUCGGAUUCGAAUUCGGACACGCGGAAUCGUGCAAAUCGCCAUUGUGGAUUUAUGUCGUCGCUUUCGAUCGUUCUCUCCUGACCUCGCUCUUGUCCAUUCGCCGAAGUACAGAUCAGAUCCAGUGUCCAAAGUGUCGGGAGUAACGAUCAAGUCGUUACAUACGUGUUAACGAAAGAACAGAAAUAAAUAUUAUGUGCAGAAAUACUCAGGACCAAGUAUUUGGUUGUAGUCACCCGCUCGGCAAAAAGACAAAUGUAAGCGAGAUGUAAGCGUGAGAGAAUAUAUGUGCAUGUAUAAGCUUGCGAAGCUGGGGAAGAGCAAGGUGCACGUCUGAUAAUGCGACUGAGAAAGCAGGCUCAUCGAUGGUGCGCGUGACGCAGCUUGUAGUCCUUGUUACGUUGUGAUGCCAAUGACUGAGAGUCAUGUUCCUGUGCCAGCUACUAUACUCUAGAAAAGUAAUUAUAUUGCAGACAAGUAGCUAGAUGCGUAAAGCGGAGAAGAGCCGCAAGAAAGAACGAAGCGGCGCGCGCGUGCGCACGCGAAAUGCGUUUUAUUGUCAUUCGUUUAUUCGACCUCACCUCACACAUCCAGUGUGUUAAGAUACCUAACUUCUAUAUAUAUGGAAUUUGUUAUUUUUUUAAAAGUCUAUACACACAGUGCGGUUGAUUAGCGUGUAAGAUCCUUAUUACCAGCUCGUCGCUCACUUUCUACUCGAAUAUUUUUUUUCUUCCUCUCCCUACUUUCUUUUAAUUCCCUUACUUCUCGUUUUUAAUAAUAUUACCACCGAUAAAUGGCGCUAUACGAUCGAUAAGGUUCUAAAGGCAACGUGGUUCUGUAGAACUUGUCAAACAAACUUUUCCAUUUGUACGGAGUAUAUUACGUUGUUAAUUACAUAGUUAUUAAUACGUAUUAAUACUAAUAAUACGUAUUAAACUUCGUGUUUUCAUUGUCAUUGUCGCAAUCGACUUAACAUCACUCGGUGUUUUAAUCUUUUGAUUCUUUCUUCAAAUUGGAUAAUGAUUUCGGCUAUCGCUCGACAAAUUCGCACUUCCGAUUGAACAAAGACAACCACGGUAAAUUAAAAGAAAGACUUUGGUAUCAAGAGAAACGAUCAUCUUCCAUAGGAAGAUCGGAACGAAUUGCAUCAAGUCAUUUGCGAACAGUGUCAAAAGUAAUGUUUUGGGAGGAUUAUCCUGUAAUAUAUUUCUCCUUCAAAUUCCUAUUCCUCUUUCCAGAAACAUUUUCCGCCCCUCUUUUCAUUCUUACGUGCUAACGUGACAUGAGCGUUCGAUGAGCGUGUAGCAAUGUCCGAUGCGACUUAAGGAUUAGGCGAUUUGUAUAAUCCAUAUGUGUGCGCAUCAGAGAAAUAAGUUUGCUUCUAAAAUCGUGGAGUAGAAAGAAAAUUUUUAUCAUUGGAACAAUCGCUCAAUGAAUUAGGAAAGGACUUUAGGAAAAGAAUUUUAUACCUUGUAAAAACAUUUUAGAUUUUACUUAUUUUUUAUUUUUCUCUUAUUAACGGAAUUUAACAUGCGCAUUUCGGGCAUUAGGAUAGUGCAGGUUUUUGUUUCUAGAUUUCAGUAAAAUAAUGUUACAAAUAUUUUUAUUGGCAACUGUACGUUUUUUUUCUUAUGUUUUAAUAUACAUGAUAUAUAUAUGCAUUGUUUAUCGUAUCGGUGUAACGUGCAAAUGUAAAACGUACUAUUUGGGCAAUUAAUACGAAAUAAUAUGAAAUAAUAAAUAUUUUUCAUUAUUUCACGAGUUUUUGUUGCGAAAAAUCUAUUACAGCCAGUAAUCUCUUCUUUUCGUGAAUGGAAUAGAAAUUGUUAAUCAUAUAAUGAAAGAUUAUAUUAUUAACAAUAUGAUUCGCAAUAUUGUUUCGUAAAAGAAUAGCUAGUUGUUUUAUUUAUCUUAUCAUUAAGAUUUUUAACGUUGCUACUUUAACAAAUUUUUAUAUUCUUUUAUCGAUUCAAUGUUUUACAUUUUUACGAAAGUUAUAAAAAUUUCCUAAACCUUGCAAUAGGACAUUUACACGGUAGUACGUUCCAUAAGAAGCUAAAAAAUUACACGUAUGCGCAAUUUCAAGGACGCCGAGUAUAUGCGAUGAGAAUUGUUAAUGACUGAUCUCGUUCCGUUACGCGUCAUUUCAGUGCGAUCCUAGUUUCUCUUUAUCAUCUUUAUUGUCUAAACUGGAAAGAAAUGCGCGAUAGGGGUUCUUUAUAACAUAACAAUUGUUCCACAAGCGUUUAUUCAGAGAGCAAUUUCUCUUUUGUACAUAAAAUAAAUACGUUUUAUAAGAUGCAUUUGUUGCGGCGCAUGGGAAAGUGCAAUGGAGGUGCCAAUGAGAGAACGAGAGAGUGUGAGAUUGCGCGCGUUCGUGCGCUACGAAACGGAAGUAGUCGUUGCACGAACGUCUAUGACAAUAUCUUUUCCCUUCCCUCCCUACCGCAAUGUGUUUCUCCCUCUUGUCUCUCUUUUUUUACUCUUUUAUCUUUCAAUUUUUUUUUUAUUUUAUCAACUGGAAUCGUCCAGUGUCUGUAUAGCGAAUGGUGGAAAAGCCACUGUAGAAACGCAUCGCCGAGUAUAGCAGCGAACUAAACGUGCCAUAACAACGUCAUGCCAAUAUUACCUAUAAUACAUAUUGUUUUUUGACAUUAUAAUCCAUUCAACCUAGUUCCGUCGAUCGUGGAGCAUGGGCCAUCUUGCCCCCUUUUCCCCUUCCUUCCAUCACCCUCUUCAUUCGAUCCAUCGUUCUCUCCUUUCCUUCCCGCCUUCUUCGUUUGUCGAUCGAACUCGUUAAACAGACUGAAAAUGGCAUUUAGUGAUGACUUUUUGCGAGUGUCGAUUUUUGUUUCAACGAAUGAUUUGUGUGUGUGUGGGUGUAUACAUAUAUAUGAUAUAUACUAUGUAUAUAUACACAUAUCAUAUAUAUCAUAUAUAUAUAAUUUUCGAACAAAGCGAAAAAUUUACUAGCGCUCGAACGAAAGAGAAAUGUAGACUCUCGCGCGUAUAGGACGUUCGAUCGGGGAACCAAAGUACUUACCUAUCGAAAAAGUACGGGGCAAGGACAACCAGCAACGUCUCACGAGAGACGAGUGCGAGAAAGAAAAGGAGGCGGUGGCAAUGGCGAAUUAGCGAUAGAGACGUAGCCGGAAAGGGAAAACGAGACUCGCAAAGUCUCAUGCGAGACGUUUAAAUGUCGUACAUGCGCUUGUGUAUAUGACGACGACUGUUACGCGUUACGCCGAGGAGAAUGACGCCUGUGACGCCGGCCGAGUGGGACCGAUUCCCUCUCUCGACGGACAAUCGGGUGCUCGGCGAGGGAAGCGGUAUCUCUCUUUCCUUCUCUCCUUCAAAGAGAAAAGGAAAUAUCGUAGAUUAUCUCGAGCCCACCCGUUGCCUCUCUUUUCGCUGUGCUAGGAACGACGAGACGACGUCGCUUAGGAUUCGGUGGCGGAUUGCUCGGAGAUGCGAAAGCGUCGCGUUCGACCGUUUCACAUUACCGGGUAUAGAAAAAGAAACGUACCCCUGGGACGCGAAAUGCGAGCAAAAAUUCGCUCGACACGGCCUACAAUCCGCUCGAGAAGAGAGAGAAAGAAAGAGAGAGACUAGAGAGUAUCGAGAUUUGCUCGCGAGUCGCAGAUGACACCCAUUUCCCCCGAUGACGAGGGUGACCAAGCUCGUGCCGAUCGAGUCGGGAGUUCGGAGCUCGUGUCUCGCUUCAAAGGAGCGAUUGUACCAUAUUGUAAAGUAUCAAUCGACAGUUCUCAGCUGCGUUGUACAGUGUUUUCUAAGUAUUUAGGCUGAUAGCGCGCGUGUAAUUGAGGAAAAGGAACAUUGUAUUUACACUAAUAAGCGAUCUGUAUCAUUCAUUCUCGUAUAGCCUGUACUCCUACUCAUGUAGAUGCUAAAAGUGAUUUGUGUCAUAAAGAAAACCUAUAAAUAAAAUUAGCACUUUGAGAACGUU